CGGUCCAUUAUCUUUCAUGUGCAUACGAAUGAUUGGUUCUCUUCUGCGGUCAGCAUCUUGGCUGUGCUGAACGUCUCGCAUUGUUUACAGAGUUUAUGGCAUGCAUCGUACACUUUCGGUUCCCCUUGCGGCCUGUCUCGUGUCAUUUUUGGUCUUCCAUGAUGUGCUUUGACGCCAUUGUCUCCAGUAUCUUGUCCAGCAUGUUCCGUGAUUUGUUCCGGCGCAACUUUAUGGCGUUUUUUUUGGAUCGGUGCAGGUGGCCAAUCUCAGUCCAUCGUUUUUUUUUUUUUUUUUUUUUUUGGGCCGACAAACUUUUUGGCUUUUUCUUGGACUACUUUUCUAUAUUUAACUGCUCGUGUCCCAAGUUAACUGUCCAUACCGGUGGUCAUGGUUUUAUUUGUGACCGUAUGACUUGACAGUUCCGUCGUCGAACUGGUUCCGGUUUCAUGACAGAAUAGGCGAAUAUAAUUUUUCGAUCAUCAAAUGAUCACAACCUGAUCUUCGUUUUCUCAUUCGAUUGUCCUUGGUUCACUUAGUAAUCUAAAGAACUGGAGCAUUCUCGUUCUCACCCAAUAAGUCGGGUCCUGUAGAGUAUGACCGUAUCAAGACGUCACCGGU